AUGGCUCGUACCGACUACAGGCGACCUUUGUAUCGUACGGCUGGGCACAUCCGGCCUUCAUUCUUCCUUGCUUCCAUCCACUCUCGCCAUCCAAGUACUCUCGCCAUGUCUAAACGAAGAGCCUCUAGUACACCUUUCUCUUCCCCUUCGAGCAGCAAUGAGCGCCGCCUGAAAGUUCGAUUGGUUGCCCAACCGUCGCGAGAGGCUAGAGAACUUGACUCACUGCUGCUCUUGAAGGACCGCGCUUUGGAGGACAUGAACGACGAAUUGGACGAAUUGAUGAAUUGUGAUUCAGAACGAGUUAAAUUCUUGGAAGAGGAACGAAAGCAGGUGUUUCAGGAGAAAACCGUUGCCGAAAUCAAAGCAGAAAGAUUGCAGCGCCGCGUCGUCGAAUUGGAGACUGAGCUGUACAACCUCAAGUUACGCAAUGCUCAAGUCGUCAGCAUUGAAUGUCCAACUGAACCCUCCGAUGAAAACCACGAAGCAAAACCGGUGGUUGCUAGCGUCAAAUGUCCCACUGUGCCCGAUGAAAGUCACGAAGUGAAACAGUCCAUCAGCACGGUUGACGACGUGCUCAACAAUCAUCCUGCAGGAGACGCUGCACCAUCUAAAACCCCCUUUAACCACGAAACGUCAGAUAACAAUAGCUCAAGUAUCGAGCUCCCGGUCUACCCUGAAGAUGCUUUGACUUCAGAUAACGCACGAAGAUGGUUUCCCUCUGCAUUUGAAUACCUCAAUCAGGAUAUCAGUAAAGAAUAUGUCGACCUCCUUCGAAUCUGGGUAGAAUUCGAACGUGCUAGAGACUGGACAUCCUCAAAUAGGAGUUUGGACCGCCGUGACAGGCCCAAGGUGCUCAGCAAAUGGAUCACAAAUUGCAGAUACGAACGAAGCGGCAAUGAACCAGACUUGACCAAGAAGGACGACCUCGUUCAGUUUUCUAAAAGCUUCACUCGCUGGUGGGAUAACCUUCGGCGCCCUCACUCUAGUGCUGAGAUUGCAGCUCGUGACACUCAGAAGGGUUGGCAAUCUCUUGACAGGAGUGGAAAGAAUGGUUGGCUCAGUGUGCUUGCAUGCCUCAAAUGGUGGGGAAUGGCGUUAACGGAGAAGGAUAAGUUGGGUCCUUUGGGUGACGAGUGGCGCAAUAUAAUCAAGGAUGCCUUGCUGGUGUUGAGCGAACUUACGAAGGACUGCUAG